AUGGGGCUGCAAAAUAUUGGAAAAGAUAGAGAGAAGGUUUGGGCACAAGUUGUAUGGACUCCCCCAAAGAAUGGCUGGGUUAAAUUGAAUACAAAUGACUCAUUUUGGAAACAUACGGGUCACGCCGGGGCUGGUGGUCUCAUUAAAGAUGUUACGGAUGGCUUGGGAGUUGAGUUUAAGCAUAUUGAGCUGGAGGUUGACUCCAAAACGAUUCAACAUGUUUAUCAGGAAGCAAAUGCUUGUGCAGACUGGUUAGCCAAUUUGGCUCAUCAGUUGGCUUUGGGGAACACUGUUUUCUAG